GUGUAAUCUUGGGUGGCGGGAGUGGCGGGUUAUCGUAAAUGAGGAUGGUCUGGCCUUCUUCGUCCGAUUCUGAGUCUUCCGUAGCUGUACCAAGAAUCGGCACUUGUGACCUGGACUCGGGCUCUAACUGCACUGUCUUGUCUCCCGCCCCAUCCAACUCGUCUGCCUUCCUGCCAUGAUCCCCUGCCUCUUCGCCCUCGUCUCCACCCUCUUCUUCGUUUUCGUCUUCCUCAUACCUAGUGCUGGCGGCCGAUGUCCUCCCAUCGCUACCCACGACCCUAACUUCCGCCUCCGCCCUCCGCACGACGGCAAUAGGUCCGCUAACAAUCGUCGCGGGUGUGACAGUCAUCGUCGACAAUGAAGAAUCCCUAUCUGCAGAACGUGGGUUUCCUGGUGACAAAGGAACGUCACCAGGGAGAAGCGACGAAGAUGGGCGUGAACGCGACGGCGACCGUGAGGGCGACCGUGACAACACCUCCCGUUCCACAGGCGAAUCUGGUUCUGCCUCAAGAUUAAUUGUGGGAGCUACCCCUGCGGGCGAUUCUUCGUGACCUUCGUCAUCACUGCAAGUUCUGCCCACCGAUCGCCCGCGCGAUGUUGGAUCAAUCGGGCUUUCGCCAUCGUCCAAAGCAGGUGACUUUGUGUUAUUUGAUGAUAUACCCGCUGAGCUCAAACCGCCCCGCGCGAUCGCGACGUAUUGGGCGUCGUUGUCGUUGUCACUUUUCGCAGAUACAGGCAAAGCGGGGAGGGCUCUACCUGGCUUCACGGGCGCCGAAGCAGGUGAGGCGAACUGGCUCGCCCCAAGCGUCAUAUCUGCGCCAAAAGACAUGUUCGGGAGGGAGGGCGGCGGGUACACGUGUCUGCCUAUUGAAGACACGUUUGAGCCAAAUGAAAGAUCAGGCAACGUCGGCGUCGUUGGGUCGUACUCGUCGUGUGCCAGAAGUGCCGACGGCGGACAUGAACUCGGACCCGGCGCUGCUGGGGCAGCAAACGAUAGACUUGGCAUCGGCCGCUCCGACAUGGAACGCUUGACCUCCGACGCAGACGACGAUGAAGCAUUGCCGGGAUCGCCAGAAUCCAUAAAGCCAAAAAGAUUCGAGGUCCAAUCCUCCAAUCCAAGCGAGCCGUCCCCGUGGAUGGAAAGGCGUGGCGGGAUUACUGUAAGACGGUGCUCCGCACGCUUGUCGAUAGAAAGUGGCGGUGUCGGAUCCACCUCACGCCCAAGCACGGUCUCGUCGGGCUGGGGAUACUCGCUAGAUGAAUCUGCAUUCGUGGAUAUUGUCCGAUCCCCACUGCCACUGGUGGAAAAGGAGAUAUCAGAAGGGCGAAGAGUCAUCCUCCGGAUCUGCGAAUCGAGGUAUGAUAGAUCGCUCUGAUCCUCGCCCUCUUCAAACGAGUCACCACCAGCAUUGCUCGGUCCUUCUUCGAUGUCGUCCAUGGGCGGAGCGGGAGGGGGAUGUCGUGGCUGAGGAGGCCGUGCUCGAGCUGCCUCUACUCCGUUCGUCUCAUCCCUAGAUCCGUUCCUCGAGUUUGCCUUCUCUGGUGGUAACGAGAAGCCCUCGUUCCGUUUA